AAACUGGACCAGAAGCGACAAAAGGUAUCGGCAAAUAAAAAACAAAAAAGCUCUCUCUCUCUCUCUGUUAUAAAUCCCGAGCAGAGACGGCAGAAUCAAAACCCUAAUCCGAUCAAAACUAGAACUCCGAAAUCAAACCGGAUUCGAACGGAAUUGGGUCGAAUAAGAAGAGGGCGGAGAGAGAUUGAGACUGAACAAUGUCUGCAAUUGUGUGCGGCAGCAAGAGAUCAUUCUUCGAAGAACUCCUCCCUUCACCACCGUCAUCGUCACCACAAUCGGCAUCUUCAUCGCCUCCUGUUUCCAAGAGGCUUCGGUGCUCUUCUUCUUCUUCUCCGGUCCGCUUCUCGCCCUUCUCGAACGCGCCGCCUUCUCCCGUCGAUCAGCUCAGAGCUCUCUUCCCUCUCAUGGACAGUCAGGUUCUUGAGAGGGUGUUCGAUGAAUGUGGCUAUGAUAUAAAUGCUGCUAUCAAGAGCCUGCAUGAGCUUUCUCUUGGAUAUGUAGGAGGAAACUCAGUUUCUGCUGAGGAAUCAAAUACAAAGGUGGAGAAAGGUACAGGAAUCAUUGAUGAAGAUACUGCUCCUUCAGCGGAUCAUUCAGCCCAGAACAGUGUUCACAUGGAUGGUGCGGAAUGGGUGGAAUUAUUUGUGAGGGAAAUGACGAGUGCUGCUAGCAUAGAUGAUGCUAGGUCCCGUGCUGCAAGAGUGCUGGAAAGUUUAGAACAGUCUAUUAGUGCACAGGCUGGCGCUGAGGCAGCACAAAGUCAUCAUAAGGUGAAUGUAAUGCUCAAGGAACAAAUUGAAGUACUUCUCCGGGAGAACACCAUUCUCAAACGAGCUGUGGCUAUCCAGCAUGAACGUCAGAAGGAGUAUGAUGAUAGGAACCAAGAGGUGCACAUUUUGAAGCAGAUGGUAUCUCAAUAUCAGGAGCAAUUGAGAACACUUGAGGUGAAUAACUAUGCAUUGACAAUGCAUUUGCAGCAGGCUCAGCAAAGCAACUCGUUUCCUGGGCGCUUCAAUCCGGAUGUUUUCUAAUGAAGAGUGGGUAAAACUUAUCAUUCCAUCAAAGCCAGUGAAACAAGAUUGAUUAUCAAAAGCAUAGGAUGUCUUAAAGAUAUGUGUUGUGUUUGUUCCAACUUGCAAGAACGUAUGAGCUACGCUUGCAAGGCAAAGGCUUGUAACAGGGCAAAUGGUUAGGCUACUUCGGCCUUCUUCCCAUUUCAUUGUCUAGUGGGUUAUAAAUUAUCAUGUAUUGAUUCAUUCAAUGUUUUGGUGUUCCUUUUUUUGUUUUGAUCCACUGUAAGAAUUUCCUGGAAAAUGAUACAAGCAGUCCCCCUUUUCCUGUUUUCCAGUUUCGGUUUUCUUGUCACUCUUGUAAGAAGUGAAUUUUGAAUAUCACAUUCCUUUUCUGUUAUAUGUAACGACUUUUGUUUC